UUCAAGAACUGUGCGCGCCGUCCGCUUCCAGCGCACUUGGCAUCGUAUCCCCGUUCGCGAGGGGUGCAAACAGUGUUACGGUGCAGCCUUGUCACCUCGGAUAACUAUCGUAAACGGACAAAAAAGAAAUUGUAAGGACAGCUUUUAUACGCAAGUGAGCAGCAGCACAUUCCAUGUGCCCGUUCGCUGUACGUUUGAUUUUGUUCGAACGAACUUGGUGAGACAGCAGACGACGGAUAGCAGACGACGAGAGCGGCUAGCAGACGCUUUUCUGUCGAGCAAGUCGGAUUCCACGGGGUUUGCUGUCAACGAAUGUGAGAAACAUCUGCGGUGAUCUGUGCAAAGAAGACGACGGUCGUGAGGUUGUGGAUCCCUGUCGAGUGGUUUGCGUUUCCAUGCUGUCACGGAUCGGCAAUCGGCACAAGAAAUCCUGGUCCACGAUGACAGCGUCCAUCGGCUUUCUAGCAGAUGACAACAGCUCGUUUCGCAACGCAGACGGCCACAAGAUCAUCUGCAGGUCUUGGACAACGGAGGGGCAGCCGAGGGCGCUGGUAUUCCUGGCCCACGGGUAUGCGGAGCACAGCGGCGUUCCCUGCUACGAGACCCUGGCCAUGGCCUUGGUGGGCCUGGGCUGCCACGUCUUCGCUCACGACCACGUGGGCCACGGCAAGAGCGAGGGUCCUCGAGCCAUAGUGGACUCUGUGGACACGUACGUGCAGGACCUCUUCACCCAUCUGGACACGGUCCGGCAGAGGUAUCCCGGAAAACCCGUCUACCUCUUCGGACACUCCAUGGGAGGAUUGCUUGUCGCAGCGGCGGCUUUGAAGAGGCCCAAAGAUUACGCCGGCGUCGUGAUGAUGGCGCCUCUUUUGGCCAUGGACAAGGAGCAGGCCACGUGGUUUAGGACAACCAUGGCCAGGUUCCUGGGGAGGAUCGUGCCCAACCUUCCCAUUUCAUCGCUGGAUCUCAGUCUGGUGUCCAAGGACCCUGCGGUGGUCAACUGGAUGACCCAAGACCCGCUCCGUUAUCACGGCCUUGUGCGGGUCGGCUGGGCGGCCGCCAUAUUGAAGGCAUUAGAGGAGGUCCAGUCCAAGAUGGAGACAUUCGAGGUGCCCUUCCUGAUUCAACAUGGCUCAGCCGACAAGCUCUGCGACCUGGGGGGCUCCGAAUUAUUCUUCAAGAAGGCACUCAGCAAGGACAAGACCAUCAAAGUGUACAACGACAGCUACCACAACCUGCUCAUGGAACCCGACGGUGUCGGAGACCAAGUGCUCAAGGACAUCGCGGAGUGGUACGCCACCAGGGUACCCGAGGUAUCGCAGCAGGCGUAGCUGUGUACCACCACCCUAUGCAUACGCCACAGCUGCCAACCGAUCAGCAAUGCCAGGACCGCUCCAUUCCUCGUACGAGGACGUGUUCAGAAAUGAAGAUGUGGACAGUUGGACCUCCUGGACACUUCGCUUGCCUUGGUGACCAUAAGAGUGGAUUAUCAGUGUUGUCUAGAUUACCGGAGGCUACGGAAAUCUACUAACUAUAUUUUUCGACAACAGUCCGCCCUUUUUUUAAAGUUCUAUUAUCUUGACGGCAGUGGGCGAGAGAGAAAGAGAGAUGGAGGUUAGACUGAGCGCAUGAAUCUAGCAGACUACUGUACAGGGGGGGGGGGGGGGGUGGAAUGGAAGAUGUUGGAAAGAUGAAAUCAUAUGGCGAACUGAAUAUGGACAACGGUGAGGUGAUCAAAGUGACAUUUUAUCAUACUUUAGACUAGACGGUCAGUGCCAGCCCUGCGUCUCACAAAAUAUAAUUAACGCGUUUGUUGCUUUUACGGGGCAUCGAAUUGAAUCCCAGGCGCCAGCAAGUGACCUGGUCAUGAAGACGGCAAUACGUCGGUAAAGCAGAGCGGAUGUAGCAUGCAUCGAACGGAGGAACUUUGAAUGGUUUAGGGUUGUGUAUAUCGGCCAUAGCAUUAUAGCACGUGCAUAUUUAGUAAGAUACUACUGCAGGAUGUGUAACGGAAGUGUCGAAAACACCGGAUGAGGUGCAACUUUUUGACCCAAGGCUAUAGCACUGUAUCUGGUCACAACCUAGCAUUCCAAGUGUUUCCAGACCGAGUGUUGCGUGAUAAUUUUGUUAAACUCUUAUUUUCGCAUACAGGAGAGAGGCAAAGUAUCAUAUCGCAGAAACGUGACCUUCCGAACAACAAACUGUCACAGUUAAGGCCGGUUCUCACAUGCAGCGAAGCGCUGAUGUAGCGCUCCUCACGUGUCGUCAGCUACUUAUCGUCUGCCAUGAGCAACAGUUUGGACGGUGCGACACAAAGCUGGUGAACGCUCGCAUCAGCACGCGCUUAGCGCGAGGUCAGCGCUAUGCUUGUAGCGCUCCGCUGCAUGUGUGAACAGGCCUUUAUGGGGUGAACUUAGUGCAUGUGGUUCCUAGCGGUUGAGUCAAUGCGUGCAGUACCUUCUGCCGUCGAAUAGUUGCGAAAUAUUUUGUAUUCAAAUGGUAGGCAUGAUGCAAUGUGUGCCCGAUUACCACAUAUUUUUUGUAGCAAGGAAGGUGAAGGGUAAUGGUAUACUUUGGGCGGCCUAGACGUCCUGCCGCGUCCCUGUCGAAAGUCCGUUUUCAUUUCAGCCCCGAGGUCUGCGUCUCACGCUGUGGCCGAAGACAGUUCCACGCGUGUUUAAUGCCGUGCCUGCUGUGGAAUCGUACGCGUGAAUACAUACCAAAGUGCCAAACAAUAAUUUCUUCCCCUGCCUCCAAAGAAUCAUUUCUCCACAUUGCGGGACACCGAUAUUUAUACGUGUUAAAACACGCCCACGAAAAGAAAUAGUUGUGUAUCUUUACGAAGUAACAAUAGUAACAGACAAGCUCGUGCUCUAUACGUUGAAGAUCAUAAUGCCAAUUCACGUACAAACUGAAGUCACUUAAGAAUCAAAGCACGUGCAUUAUUAUCUUCAUGCUUUGACGUUUGGGAGAACGGCGGAGGCUAGUGCCACUAAAUAAGAUACGCUUCAGGGUAACGACACUUAACCUUCUUGUGGCUUAAGAUCAUGGUUGGCAGUCAUCUAAAGCGUUAUCUGAAAUCACGGGAAACGCUUUUUCGUCGUCCACAAACGUUUAAACAGUUCGCGACAGAGCAAGGCAUUAUUACAUGAGCUUUCGAACACCGAAUCUAAUGCUGAGGAAGUAGCACUUUUGCAUCAUGACGAUUGGCACUUGCGUCUGCUCUGCACAAGCACCAAGAUGACGACGCCCACAAUAGUGUCCGGGAACCGAGUGCCGAUACUCUAAGCGUAGCUCAUUUAGUGUCUCUAUAGCGGAGGCCUUGUGUUCUAGGUGGUAUACGCAACCUGCAAUGCUGUUUGGUUUGGCGGUAUCUAGCGUCUGAAGCAAGAAACAUUUCGUAUGCCUGGUGGCAGCCGCGUUUUUCACACGUGAGCUAUAAACCCCUUUCGAAAGACUGCCCUCUGUUGGCAGCCGUGGAAUCUUUGCACAAUGGCAGACUAAAUACGCAACGUCACGGCACACUUUAUGCGUUUGGUUGUAUCAGAAGGCAAAAAAAAAAAACAACCCCCACACACACAAAAGGAAGAUGAUGAGCACAGUGACGUUGCAGUUUCGACGCUAUUCGAUUGGCUCCUCGGCUCUUAGCGUUGGCAGAGCUCGGACGUUCGUUAUCUUAUAGAAUGACUUGCACGUUCCAAGAUUUCAGUAGUUCCGCCAUUGUGCAGUGGCUCCGACCUUUUUAAUCGGCACGUGACUUUCGAAAGGGAUCCUAUGCGGAGAGCGAGUCGUCUGCAGCAGUUGCGGCGACGUCAGAACGACGCCGAGCUAUGAUUGGCUUUCAUUGAGAAGAUAGUGGGUAGACCUCAAUGCUAGAUGCCUUGUGGUCUACCCACUAUUUUUUUUUUUUUCAAAUCGUCCAAUAAGAGCUUGGUGUCCUGACAUCAUUGCAACCCCUGUGCUAAAAGCAGACGAACUUUCGCUUGGCAUUACUUUAGUGGGGUCGCUUGGCUUAGUGUCUGAAAAAAGAAAUGCUGGGUAGGCCAGGAAGCCAUGGGCGUAUAGCGUGCCACUACGGCGUAAGCUGCGGCCCCUGCGGGCCAAUCGGAACAACGGAGUGAGGCACGUGACUGCUUAUCGGCGCGGAGUGCGUUUUUACUGCGUCAUGCUGUGCCAUGCUCCAGUAUGUGUGCGUUGCGUUCGUAUACGUGGCGCAUAUCGGGAAGCCGUCACAAUGCAAUGUAGGGCGUAGCGUUCCCCCUUUGCCAAGCUACAACGAGACAGGGUAUAACCAUGGGCUCGCACUUUGCUGGCGCCGACUGGCUGUUGCCGGCUGGCUAUUGUCCGAUGCUAGUUUUUACUCCCAUCCCGUCCACUCUGUCGUGCCCGGGAAGGUUCACAACCCUCACAGUGACAUUUCAAGAUUCCCUAUCGAGAGUGUAUAUGCAACAGAGUGCGUGAGCACCUAGGUAUACUAUAUUCAACUUCCUGCACAAUAAAGAUUUUGGUAUUUCGAA